AAACUCUCUUCUUCUACAACAAACAAUGUUUUGAUUUUUAGUUUCUUCUUCCACAGAAACAAAAGAAAAAAUGGGUUUUUCUUCACUGAAACAGCUCUUGUCACUUUACAUCAUCAUCAUGGCUCUGUUCUCAGAUCUCAAGGAAGCAAAAUCGUCAUCACCAGAGUACACAAACCUAAUCUACAAAGGUUGUGCAAGACAGAGAUUAUCAGAUCCAACUGGUUUAUACUCACAAGCUCUCUCUGCAAUGUAUGGAUUAUUGGUUUCUCAAUCGACGAAAACAAGAUUCUACAAAACCACAACUGGAACAACAAGCCAAACAAGCGUCACUGGUCUUUUCCAGUGUAGAGGAGAUUUAAGUAACAACGAUUGUUACACCUGUGUUAGCCGUCUUCCUGUUCUCUCUGGUAAGCUCUGUGGCAAAACCAUUGCCGCUAGGGUUCAGCUCUCCGGCUGUUAUCUUCUCUAUGAAAUCUCUGGCUUUGCCCAAAUUUCAGGAAUGGAGUUGUUAUUCAAGACAUGUGGGAAGAACAACGUCGCCGGAACAGGAUUCGAGCAAAGAAGAGACACAGCUUUCGGGGUAAUGCAAAACGGCGUCGUUCAAGGACACGGCUUCUACGCGACGACAUACGAAUCGGUUUACGUUUUAGGACAAUGCGAAGGCGAUUUAGGUGAUUCAGAUUGUAGCGGUUGCAUAAAAAACGCGUUACAGAGAGCUCAAGUAGAAUGUGGAAGCUCAAUCUCUGGUCAGAUAUAUCUUCAUAAGUGUUUUGUCGCUUAUAGUUUCUACCCAAAUGGUGUCCCCAAGAGAUCUUCUCCUUAUCCUAGCUCUGGCUCUUCGACUUCGUCUUCUUCUUCUUCUUCUUCAGAAGAAAUAUGACGAUUAUUGAAAAUAAAUAGGAUGAAGACAA